AUGGCCAACGACAUGGCAGUGAGGGACUUCCUCCUGCUGGGAUUCACGGAGGUCCGGAAGCUGCAGCUAGUCUAUGCCGUGCUGUUCUUCCUGGUCUACCUGGAGGCCCUGAUCGGGAAUCACCUCAUCGACGCCAUCACCGCCCUUGACCGGCGCCUCCACACCUCCACACUUCUUCCUCAGCCACCUGUCCGUACUGGCCAGACGUUCACGUCAAGCUUCUGUGUGUACAACGUGAUCCAGCAGUUCUUCUGCGAUGUCCCCUCCUUACUGAAAACCUCCUGUUCAGAAACGCACGUUGUCUCACGCCGGGUGGCUGUGGGUAUCGGCUUUGUUUUCGUCUCCUUCAUCUCCAUCGUCGUCUCCUAUGUCCUCAUAUUCUCAGCCGCAGUCAACGUCAAUUGCCGGAAAAUGACUGACAUCACCAUCAACUGCCCCGAGAACCAUGUCGCCAUCGAUGUGAGUGUUUCUAUUGGCUCCUGUUUGGGUUUCGUAUGCUUGGUCUACAUCAUUGCAUCGUAUGACUCCAUCUUCUCCACUGUACCGAGGAUCCCAUUAGCCGAUUGUCGGUCGAAAGCCUUCUCCAUCUGCCUGCCUCACCUUCUGGUGGUCAGCAUGUUUCUCACGACGUCCGCCUUCGAUCACCUGCAGCCACCAUCAGACACCUCCCCGACCCUGGACCUUCUGGUAUCUGUUUUCUACACCGUGGUGCACCCUGACUCAUCCCAUCAUCUACAGCCUGAGGAACCGGAACGUGAUGACCACCCUGGGGAGGAUCCUUGGAGGGAAUGGCUUCCAUAUUUGAGAGAACAUCGUCAUCUUCUGACUUGA